AUGGACAGCGAAUCCCACAGUGAUAAUGAUGAUCACAUAAUCGACAUUACAAACGAUGAAGAUUCUUCAUCAAGAUCGUCUUUGGACGAGAGAAGCUAUCCUUCAUUAAGUUCGUCUCUGUCUACGGAUGACGAAUCGUCAGAUGAAGGUGCAAGUUCAUCUACGAGAGACUGUGGUAGUCUUUGGAAUAUAAUGGAAUUAGUAGUCACUUUGGUUCAGAUUGUUGCAUCAUUAAUAGUUUUAACUCUGGCAAAAGAUGAACAUCAACAAGCACUUUUGUUAACAUGGGUCAUCGGUUACACUUGUGGCUGUAUUACCAUUACGCUCCUUAUUCUCCUCUCGUGUGUCCGCAAAUACAACCGAAUUGGUGUUUACUCAAAAACGAGAACGGAUAGGGUAAUGGAUGCUUUGAAGAUGGGGAAUGAAUGUUUCUUUGUUGUGUGGUUAGUUAUGGGGAUUCUAUGGAUUUGUUAUGGACACUCAUCUUCUUCUGAUACUCCUAAGCUCUACAGAUUCUGUAAGGGAAGGUAUAGGAGGUAGAUUUGUUUUCAAGAAACCGAGCCAUGAUGAUAGUUGUUGCAUAUGCUUGGGGAAAUAUGGAGAGGAAAAAGGAGUAGGACUAAGGAAACUUGAAUGCUCACACGUAUUUCAUUCGCAAUGUAUAGACAAAUGGCUGAAAAUCAAAUCCACAUGCCCUCUCUGUCAAUCACAAGUUAGGUGGUGAUGAGAUGAGGUUGAUUUUUUUUUUAUUUUUUUUUCGCUCAAGAGUAAUUGUACACAUUCAAUAAACAAAAGUGGUGGGAAACUGAAAGAUACGAUCCUGUCUUCUUGUGUUGUCUGUCUUAAAACAGAAAAUAAAUAUCAUACAGAUCAUUUGACC